AUUUCAAGUAAAGAUAUGGUCCUGUGGGCACUUUUGGGUUGUCUUCCCUUUCAACUUUUCCCUACAAAUAUCUUACACUUCAUUCCACUGUCUACUCCAACAAGCAAACCUAGCAAGAAGAGGCAAGCACAGGAAGAGAGACAAAGCUGCAGUGUUGGACAAUUAUGGGGAGAGGAAAGAUAGAGAUCAAACGGAUCGAGAAUUCAACCAACAGGCAAGUCACCUUCUCUAAGCGCCGGGGAGGGCUGAUGAAGAAGGCUCAUGAGCUUGCUGUGCUGUGUGAUGCUCAUCUGGGCCUCAUCGUUUUCUCUACCACUGGCAAGUUGUAUGAAUAUUGCAGCCCCCAUCGUAGCAUGCACCAAAUAAUCGAACGGUACCAAAAAGUCUCAGGGACUCGUGUUCAAGAGUAUGAUAACAGGCAAAUAUUUAAUGAGCUGACAAAGAUGAGAGGUGAAAGCGAUAAGCUUCAGGCAAGCAUGCGACACUUCUAUGGAGAGGAUUUGGCAUCUUUACCUUAUAACGAUUUGCUUCAGCUUGAACAAACACUAGAGAAUUCUGUUGAUAAAGUUCGAACCAGAAAGUAUCAGCUAUUGAAUCAACAGCUUGACAAUCUUCGUAGGAAGGAGCAAAUCUUACAGGAUCAGAACAACCAAAUGUACUGUUGUAUUCAAGAGCUGGAGCACCACCAAGCAGUAGUGAUGGCAGAACAGAAGAGCAUACAGGAGCAGCAGCAGCAGCCAGUAUUGGAUAUGGGGCUUUAUGGAGAUGACUUGGGAGCUGGGAGAAACUUGCUUCAUAUCUCCCCUCUCUCCCCUCAUCACUUUCUCCCUCAUCAAGGCCGUCUUCAGCCCACUCAGCCUAACCUCCAAGAAGUCACUCUCCCACCACGCCAUGGAGGUUUGCAGCUUUAAUAGUACGAAACCUGAGAUCUGUUGUAAAGGGCUGAUUUCAUCAUCAGACCAUGAAGAAGGUUGUCAUGAGGAGUUUGUUUUUUAGAUGGAACCCCCAACUGAACUGAGACAAUUGUCUAAUUACUUUAUAUUUGGGACUCAUUAUUAUUACUAGUAGGUUUGUGUUGUGGAUUCUAUAAAUUAGUAUCUAAUUAUGUAAGCAUUGAGAGGAUAUAUAGUUAUUAGUAAUUCUCUA